AUGUUCUGCGACAACGUCCGGCUAGAGGCCGCACUCGCACGCCCUGGCUCGGACCUCGCGCGUGUCCUCGCCGACUAUCUUAAGGCGAACGAGGACGUUUUCGAGCGAGCUCUCGCAGCAAUUGGAGAAAUAUCUCCGGACGUGGCCUACUACGAGGCCGCCGCUCGUGGGCAGGAAUGGCCCCAGGUGCUGCUACAUCGGAAGCGUCUACGCGCUGACCCGACGCCGGCUGAGUCGAGGCUCUACGCGGAUCGCGUGAACAACGAUCGCCGCCGUGUGCAGAACAAAUUCUUCCCCGCCAAGGCGCGCAAGAUCCAACACAGCGGCCACCAGUGGGAAAACCCUCUCAGCCAGGAGCUGCAGUCCAAGAUAGCAGACACCGCAGCCAACGAUAGCGGCCUCCCCGCUGCGCACUUGGGCUUGGAUACGGGCUACCUCGAGAAAUGGUGCAAGGAAGGCUCCUGGAGCCUUCAUCGGGAUGUGGUCUUGGCACUUCGACCACUCGAAAUUGACUGUGGGCCGUACCAGCGCGGCGAGUACGGCUACCGGGUGCACACCAGCCUCGUCCGUUUCAGCUGGUGCCUCCUUGCCGUCGACGCCAAGAUACAAGCUUUGCCUUCUGCACACAAGCGUAAACAGGCUCGCAAUGCAAAGAACUACUUGAUGCAAUGCGCGACUUCGGAGUACAGGACUUUCCUAGCUCGUCAAGAAGCCUUCUUGUCGAAUCACCCUGACGCCACGGAAAACGAGGCAAAGCUCCCACUAAAUUUCUUGGAGGAGCCCGGUGUCGAGUGUGCCAUUUGGCCCGAUUUGUACUUCCACUCCGACAUCUGCGAAACCGUGGAAAGGGCUACAGACGUGCGCCGCUUGAUGCGAUCGCACGGAGACUUGGCACCUGGUGCAGUUGCUGACGACGAGGAAGAGGAGAGCGAUGAGGCCACAGCCGCCGGAGGUCGGCACAGCGUGCGCCGGUCAUUCCUGCGGAAGAUUCUCGGGCCCAUCACCGAUUACGCGGGGGAGUACGAACUGCUGCAUUUUGUCUUUGAUUUGUGCCUUUGGACCGACAUUGGUAGCAAGCGCCACGCCCUGACACACCUGUCCAUGCGUGUUGCCUUGAAAGCACAACCGUGGACGCCCGCCUAUUGGGCCGUGCGCCAUGCUGCCCUAGUCGAUCUCCAACGGCAAUGUGGGCCACCCGUGCUCUUCAAAACUUGGGCGCCGUAUGAAUGGGCGGCGCCGUACCAUCGUUGGAUCCUGCACGCCAUGGAACUGGAGCAAAGGUCGCGCCUGCACCUUGCCGGACCAGAAACUCUCCACCUGGCUCACAUCAUGACGGAGCUCUUCCGCGAAUGGGUUCACGGCGGUGCUUUCAAGCAAGGACCUGGAUCAAGUCGCUGGAUUCGGCCUGCACUUUGCCACCGCGAUCCCUCUUUGCCGUCCCCUGUGCUUAAUUUCGCUUGCCGCCUGGAGUUCCAGGACGGAAAACGGAAACUUGCCAGUCAAAGCUAUCAUGGGCGAGAAACGGCACACCUACAUGGUUUGACUUUCGCUCAUUCUCUGGUUGAGCUGCCGCUGGAGCGUCGUCUCAUGGCCACUGUGCCAGCGGCGGGACACGCGCUUCGCGGAUAUGUGCUGGACGGCCAGGCAGGUCGCACUGGCAGUGGAUGGCCUGUGCACGAGGGCGAGUCUGGAUUCAGUGACGACGGCUACUUGCGCUUGCGACAUACUGAAGCGGACAAGGACAUGGGUAUUCGGGCUUAUGACGUCGAGGAGCUGGACGUGCUCAAGUUCCACCAGGACAAUGUUGUGCCCAACGAAGCGAUCAAUGGACACGGCUUGCUCCUCCGUUACAUUGCCACCUACUUGUCAAAGUUCAGCAGCUCGAGCUUCCAUGAGCUUUUGGACGACACGGGGAGUACAGGCUGCGGACUCGCAGUUCGCAUCCUCGCCACAUAUCAUCCCGGCGAGCCGGAGAUGUGGCUGGCUCUUGCCGCCCAACAAUUUCCCCAGUUUGCCGUGGGCGGCACAGUCCGACCGAUUCAGGCACCUUGGCCGGGGAUGCCGGAGAAGCCCGACUUCGUCUUGAAUUACGAGCGUUGCGCGUGGCGUGGAGAGGACAUGUGUCUCUUGGACUGGCUGCGCAAAACCAACACAAAAGGAGAUAUUGUUUCCUGGGUAAAGCAAGCUCACCGGCACUCGCAGGAGACUGUCUCCCUGGAAGAAUAUUCGCGCAGCUGCGAGUGCAAAGGAGAGAAGAUCCUGGUGCCCGCACAGUACGCGCUGCAUGCUUGCGCCCUUCAGCAUGCGCCGGCACAUUGGACUGAUGAACGCCGCCUCGAAACAGCGGUGAACGACCGGGUCAACAGGGCAGUCCGCAUCGGGCAGGCGGCGACCGAAGAGCAGGCCGACAUGUUGGCUCGAGAGGCAGCUGCUCACAACAGCAUCCUGGUCUGCACGGGCCCGCCUGGUUGCGGAAAGACCUUAGUGGCCGAUCAGUGUUUGGAGCACGCGAAGUGUGUGGGCGCGCGCAUCGUCUACGCGCUGCCAACCGGACAGCUUGCAGCUCGCGUACGACAGAAGCACCCAACGAUCCAUGUGGACACGUGUCACGGCGCCUUCCUCUUCCAUCGCCCCUUGUGCGAAGCCUUGCCCAUUCUGAGCGCGUACGAUCUGGUCAUUGUGGACGAGGCUCUGCAGCUCAGCACCGAACACUUUGGUCGUCUCAGGGAGAUGUGGCUGGCAGCCGGCAGGCUUCCUGCCCUUCUGCUGCUGGGAGACCCCUGGCAGCUCCCGAACAUAGACGGGGAGCCAGCCGAUGCCCAUCCUAGCUGGCGACUGAAUGUCUGCAUGACUUUACAUGCGGUGCAUCGCUGCAAGGAUGAGACCCUCGCCCGUAAACUGCACACACUGCGCAUGAGCAAGUUCGAGGGUGAGGCGGGCCUCCG